AUGACACAUGACCAAAAGCGACCUCCAAGGUUUUCUAAGCAAAUCGUGGAUCAGAAUCAGAGUCCCAGAGUGAAAUAUGAGGAUGUUAUGUCAGACGAUAGAGCUCUUCGUAUUUGGUUGGAGCAUAUUUGGUAUCGUGGAUUCUGUUUUGUAGACGACGUUCCUAUCAGCGCAGAGGCGACUCAAUUGCUCAUUGAACGGAUUGCAUUCAUCAGGAACACCCAUUAUGGUGGUUUUUGGGACUUCACGGCCGAUUUGACUUUCAAAGACACGGCAUAUACUAACGAAUUCCUGGGUGCUCAUACGGACAACACUUAUUUCACAGAUCCUGCAAGACUUCAGCUCUUCCAUCUGCUAUCUCAUACCGAGGGAUCUGGUGGAGAAAACCUCUUGAUUGAUGGAUUCGCAGCUGCAGCUCAACUACGCGACGAGAAACCCGAGCAUUAUGCCCAAUUAGUGAAUCAGAGGCAUCCUUGGCACGCAAGCGGGAACGAAGACAUCUGCAUCCAACCAUCCGCCAUGGCACCAGUCUUUUCGAUCCAUCCGGAUAUGAAUAUAAUGUACCAGAUCCGCUGGAACAACUAUGAUCGUGCACCAAAGGUCAAUUGGUCGGCAUCGGAGCAGGCUAUGUGGUACAGGGCUGCGCGCCACUAUAACGAGAUCUUGCAGAGCAGAGAAUUGUGGACGAAGCUGAAUCCAGGAUCGGCACUCAUAUUCGAUAACUGGAGAAUGUUACAUGGCCGCUCUCAGUUCACUGGAAAGAGGCGAAUGUGCGGUGGUUACGUCAACAACGAUGACUACCUUUCUCGACUUCGUCUGCUCAAGUUCGGCCGGAAAACAGUACUGGACAAUCUUGGCAACAUCCAAAUGAAAGCCAAUAAUCCUUAUUGGUAUAUAUAG